AUGCCUGCUAAUUCUGCCGCGGAUACGAUCCGUAUCAUGGUCUCAACUGACAACCAUGUCGGAUACGGAGAACGUGAUCCAAAUCGCGGCGAUGACUCCUGGACCACUUUCGACGAGAUCAUGACAAUAGCACGAGAACGAGAUGUCGACAUGGUGCUUCUGGCUGGUGACUUGUUUCACGACAACAAACCAUCUCGCAAGGCCAUGUAUCAUGUCAUGUCGUCUCUUCGCAAGAAUUGUUUCGGCGAGAAACCCUGUGAGCUCGAGAUGCUCAGCGAUGCCUCGGAAGCCUUCCAGGGCGCCUUCAACCACGUCAACUACGAAGAUCCCGACAUCAACGUUGCAAUUCCAGUCUUCUCAAUCCAUGGAAACCAUGAUGAUCCUACUGGAGACGGUCACCUGGCAUCCUUGGAUCUACUGCAAAUGGCUGGCAUGGUCAACUACUACGGCCGCACUCCCGAAUCCGACAACAUCGUCAUCAAACCUGUGCUACUACAGAAAGGUCGAACCAAGCUUGCACUGUACGGCAUGAGCAAUGUUCGUGACGAGCGUAUGUUCCGCACCUUCAGAGACCAGAAAGUCAAGUUCUACCAACCCGGCACACAGACAGGAGAUUGGUUCAACCUCAUGAGCGUUCACCAAAACCACCACGCAUACACCGAGACUGGCUAUCUCCCCGAGAAUUUCCUUCCUUCUUUCAUGGACCUGGUUAUCUGGGGACAUGAGCAUGAAUGUCUGAUCAAUCCUCGAUACAAUCCGGAACAGACCUUCCAUGUCAUGCAGCCUGGUUCAUCAGUCGCCACAUCUCUUAUGCCAGGCGAAGCUGUACCAAAGCAUGUCGCGAUCCUCAGCAUUACUGGCAAAGAGUUCAAGUCUGAACCGAUCCGUCUCAAGACCGUCCGGCCUUUCGUGAUGAGGGAGAUCAGUCUGCAAGAUGAUGCUCAUAUGAGGAAGAUUGCCAUGAAGGACGACAAUCGCGCCGAAAUUACUCGCUAUCUUACAACAGUUGUCGAAGACAUGAUCAGAGAAGCUCGCCAAACCUGGCGCGAAGCUCAGGAAGGAGACAUUGACGAGCAUCAGAAACCCGAAUUGCCUUUGAUUCGUCUUCGCGUUGAGUACUCCGCUCCUGAAGGAGGUCGCUUUGACUGCGAGAACCCCCAACGCUUCUCCAACCGCUUCUUGGAAAAAGUGGCAAACGUCAACGAUGUAGUCCAGUUCCAUCGCAAGAAGACUGGCACUAGCAGGAAGAAAGAGCAGCCCGACAUGCCCGAAGAAGCCGUCCUGCAACAGCUUACUCUAGACACUGUCAAGGUGGAGAAGCUUGUCAAGGAGUUCCUCACAGCCCAGUCGCUCACAAUCCUUCCUCAGAAUGCAUUUGGCGAUGCCGUCAGUCAGUUUGUCAACAAAGACGACAAGCACGCUAUGGAAGCUUUCGUGAAUGACAGUCUUGCAAGUCAGUUGAAGCAUCUUCUGGGUGACGCAAGUGUAGAAGACGAAGACAUGGCUGAGGCCAUGGAGGAGUCAAGACGAAACUGGAAGAGUCUUGGGCACAGGCGUGUUGCGUCACCUCCAAAGCGCAAGGCACCUGCUCGCAGCACGGCAGCAAAAGCCAAACAGACGAUUCUGAACUUCUCUCAGACCCCUGCGCCAUCGCAAACACGUAGCACUGCAACUCGUGCUGGACGGAAAACCGCAGGACCUAGUGAGGAUGAGAUUUCUGAUGACGACGAUGCUUUCGAACCUCCUCCCACAGCAUCUCGUUCUGCAGCGCGUCGUAAGUUUUAA